AUGAUCCGGUUCUCAGCUAUCAGCACCCUCCUAUUUGGACGCUACGCUCUUGCGACUGGCAUUCCCCGCUCUCAGACGCUAGCAUUAGAAGUUCUCAGUACACAGGUCCAGGGAAGGCUCUACGAAGGCGAACCUUACUCAAAGCCAUGCUUCGAAGACUUUGACUCAGCAGAAUGUGAAUCUCUCCGUGCAGGAAACGCUAAUGACACGUUCAGGGCCGAGUUCUUUGGGUCUUAUACUAACACUAAUUGGGAAGCUUGUGAAGCCAUAGCUGGGGAUCAGUGUCUCCUAGACUGGACGAACAUCAACAGUUCAGUCCCCACGCUAGCCCCGAACGCGUGUCGCGCAGGCAGCAUAUCGCCUUAUUAUAUCGACGUUCGGAGACCACAAGACGUUAGUGCUGCCUUCAACUUCUCAAAGGUGACGAAGACACCUCUGAUUAUCAAGAAUACAGGUCACGAUUACAAGGGCCGCAGUAGCGCGCCAAACACUUUGGCUUUGUGGACGCACAAUCUUCAGAAUAUCACGUAUAACCCAAAUUUCGUCGCCGAUGGCUGUAGUCAAGCAAAUCCUGGUGUGACCUUCGGGGCAGGAGUCCAGUGGGAAGAAGCUUAUGUUUUUGCUGAAGCGCACAAUAUCACUUUAGUCGGUGGGAGUGAUAGAGGCGUUGGCGUCUCUGGCGGUUGGGUUCAGGGUGGCGGCCACAGUGCCCUGUCAAAUACCAUGGGAUUAGGGGUAGAUCGGGUGCUUCAAUUCAGAUUGGUCACCCCUGAUGGCAAAUAUGUGACUGCAAAUGAGUGUCAAAACGAAGAUUUAUUUUUCGCUCUUCGUGGCGGUGGUGGUGGGACUUUUGGAGUGGUGCUUGAAAGUACCAUGUUAGCAUCACCUCGAGUGACACUCCAAGCGGUCAUCAUAUCUUGGGCUAACCCGAACAUCACUCUUACUACCACCCUUUGGACGCUCCUCAUAGACCACGCUAUCACUUGGGCGGAUCAAGGGUGGGGCGGAUUCGUCAAUGGAGAAUCUGUUAUCUAUGUCUCGCCAACAUUGAACAAGACGGCAGCGACAGAAGCCAUGAAGCCCCUAAUAGAAUUUGGUCAAAAUGUAACGAAUGCUGGAGUUACGGGUGCUUCAGUUGUUGUGGCCGAGUUUCCGAGUUACUAUUCCUUCUUUCAAGCAUUUGCCAACGUCAAGUCCUCAACCGUUGGAGACAAUUUGGCUCUAGGAUCACGCUUGGUGCCCCGCAAUAACUUUGCAACCAACACAUCCAAAGCAGAACUUCUCGACGCACUGCUCAAUGCACAUGCAAUUGCACCAAGUCUUCGCAUGCUCAUAUCUCCUCCAACGUCUUUCCCCGGCGAUAACACAACGAGUGUCACAGAGGCUUGGAGGGAUUCGAUUUACCACGUGACACUUAUUCAGACAUGGUACUGGAACUCUACAGUCGACUUCAAAAAACAUGCGUACGCCAACUUGACCAAAGCUAUAGACUAUGUUAGGCAAAUCACCCCAGAUGCAGCUUACCAAAACGAGGCGGAUAUACAUGAGCCCAAUCAUGAAGUAUCAUUUUGGGGAACACACUAUUCACGACUUUUGAGCAUCAAGAAAAAAUACGAUCCUGAUCAUCUCCUGGAUUGUUGGCAUUGCGUUGGAUGGAACUCAAGCUCUCCGCGCUUUGCGUGUUAUCUCUGA